UGACUGGAUGUUUUCAAUACACAAUGUAUGUUGAGUACAAAUGUAUGAAUGAGGAAACAGGUUAUAGAGGCUUUGCACUGUCAACAGUCUCAUACACAGGGACUGGAGCUGGUGUUUGUGUCUUGUGUGAGUGUCCCUCAUUUGACAGUAUCCUCAUCUCAUACAGUGGGUUGUUCUCCAUGUUGUAGUCUGGCUCCAGUCUAUCACCAGCUGAGCCUUGAACAUGGACACCAUAAGCAGAGUUCUCCACCACAUCACACUUCUCCUGCUGUCUGUAGCUACUACCUAUGAAUUUAAUUCAUAAUCAACACUUGACAAUGAUGGCAACUUACAUGUCCUUUUAAGCAAAAAAACGAGUACAACAGAUAUUGUGAUGACAAUAAGUG